AUGGAUCUUCAACAUGAUCAAAAAAGAGAAAAAUCAUCGGGAAAUGUAAGAUUCAAUGUAUUUGAAACAAAUUCAUCAGGUCUUGAUUUCAUUCAACAAAUACAAAAUUUGGAAAAUCCUCGUUUAAGUACAGCUGAUCAAAGUCAAUCAUCAACAAUAUCUCAGACAUAUAUACUUGAUAGAACGGAUAAUUUACUAUUACAACAGAAGAGAAUGUCGAGUGAUCCAGAAUUACAAAAAUUAAAUUAUAAAGAAAUAAUAUUUAAUGAAGAGAAUCUUACAACAGACACAUUACAACAUCAUCAAUUUAGUCAGACAGCUACAUUAGUUAAACAUCGAUUAUCGACUAUUUCUCAAAUCUAUUUACCACAUGGAAAUGAAUAUCAUCAUCAACGAAAAUUACCAGCAAAUAGUCCUGAUCUUAGUGAACAUUUUUUGUUGAAUGAUGAUACAGUUACUGAUAGUAGUAUAGAUACAGAUACAUUGAAAUCAAUUACAGAUGACGAUAGUAUAAAUGACUAUCACUUUUCUACAUCAUCAAAACAUAGAUUAUUUAUAUUUGAACCAAUUAUAACCGGUUUAAUUAUAUUUCCAAUACUUGUUCUAUUUUGGGCAUGUGGUUGGAAUUUAAUAUUAAUUAUGUUAAAUAAAUGGAAUUCAUUUUCAUUAACAUUACAUCUUGUUGAAAUUGAUAAUAAUGGAUAUAAUAAUUAUACUUGGACAUCAUUAAUAGUACCUUAUUUUAUUGCACAAUUUAUUUUAUUAUUAACUUAUCUUUUACAAGAUUCUAUUUAUAAUUUUCUUAAAUAUAAAUGUAAAUAUUGGUUAUUACACUCAAUUCUUCUAAAAUUUCAUAUUCUUCUCCUAGCAUCAACGUAUAUUGUACAAUGGGAAAUGAUGUGGACAAUUUGGGAUCAAUAUUCACCUCAAAAAUGGUAUUUUGAAAUUUUAAUGAGUUUAACAUCAUUAUUUGCAUUAAUUGUAUUAAAUGGUCAUCUAUGUGAUUUAGUUUGUGCACCAUUCUUAGUCAGUUAUGAUUCUGUUGAAUAUUGCAUACAAUUUGGAUGUCCACUAUUAACAAGACAGAUGAGUCAAUGGAUAAUUAAUCUAAUUAAUCAUUUCUUAUACGAAUAUUUUGUAUCAAUUUUGACCAUUGUUGCUUGGCGAGGUUUCUAUAAUUUUCUUGAUAAAUAUUUAUAUCCUGGUAAUGUUGAUUUAUCAGCUGGUCUCUGUUUCCUAUUUGGUUAUAUUCUCUAUUUUUUAUUGAUGUAUUUUCAAACAUAUUUCGAAGAUUUAAAUAUAAAAUAUGAAUUUUGGGCAUUUGUAUCAAUUAAUUUUCCUCAAUUUUAUCAUAAUAUUCAGCAUUUACUAGCGUUUAUUUCCUGUUUACUCAUUUGGCGUGGUUAUUGGAUGAUAUUUGACACAUAUAUCUACAUAUUUAAAGAAUAUCAUUAUACCUAUUUAUUAUUGUUUAUAGUAUCAUUUCUCGUUAUGGCACUACUUCAAACAUCAUCAUCAAUUAAUGGUCCCUUAAGUAACAUGCCCGAUUAUUUUUCGUUCUUUCCAUUAUAUCCGAAUUGCUAUUUGACAAUUAUGGUUAUGAAAUAUUCAAAAUUCUUUGGUAGAUUUGGAGAAAAUACGUCAUUAUAA